GAGUGAAUAGCUCCACAGAUAGCGGCCGAUCUUUCGGGUGUGCAUUCAGACUUUAUUGCAGCGACAAUGUCCAAGUUACCUUGCAGUUACGAUGCGGAGAACAAGAUCUGGAAGGGUAUUCCGCAGAACAACCCCUUCAAGCCUGAGGUUUCCUUGGGUCGCAUCAUCUUUAAGAACAUGAGGAACUGGCCCAAGAAUGUGUGCCAGAUUUCGGACACCGAGGGCGUUGAGGUCACCUUCCAGCAGGCCCUCACCUGGGCCAUCCGCAUCGCCCAGCACCUGAAGAGCCGUGGUCUUGACCACAAGGAUAUCAUCGGCAUCUCCGCCAGGAACACCACCUACAUAAUGCCAACGGCCGUGGCCUGUUUCUUCCAUGGCACUCCCUUCCAGUCGGCGAACCCUAUUCUCGAAGAAUCCACCCUUAAGCACUUGUAUAAUAUCUCCAGGCCAAAGAUCAUCUUUACCGAUGCUGAUCAUUAUGAGAAACUAUACUCGGCUACUAGCGAAUUCAAGCCAGAGAUUAUUUUAACCACCGGAACUAAGGAUGGUGUGCUCAGCAUUCAGGAUCUGCUUCAUCCGACCAAGACGGAGUUCUUCUAUCAACCAACGCCGCUGAAGGAGGGACCCAAGCAGACAGUGGCGAUCCUCACCUCUUCGGGAACCACUGGAAUGCCCAAGGCCGUGUGCAUCUCCAAUGAUAUUCUAAGCCAAGAGACAAUAUUUGUCAAUGGCUACGACACCAUCUUCAUUUCGGCCAGUUUGGACUGGAUCACUGGGCUGUGGGCCACCAUCUUCAGCACGGUGAACGGGUGCACCCGCAUCAUCAGCAGCAAGCCCUUCUCCGCCGAAUACUUUGUGUACCUGGUGAGCAAGUACGGCAUUACCUAUGCCCUGAUUCCGCCGGAGCACUGCUGCUCGCUGCUGGACUGCCCCACCGCCACUCCGGACAAGAUGGUCAGCCUGACCAAGCUGAACUUCGGAGGCGGACGGAUGACACAGGCCACGGUGGAGCGAAUCAAGAAGCUCGCCCCCAACGGAGUGCUCAACUCCUCGUACGGCAUGACCGAGGUUGGCUUCAUUGUGUUCAACCACGGACACUUGAAGCUCACUGCUGCUGGCAACCCUCUGCCUGGCAUCAAGAUCAAGAUCUUGGACGACGACGGCAACCAACUGGGGGUCAACCAGACGGGCGAGAUCGUCGUGCACAACGGCUUCAACUGGAACGGGUACUUCGCGGAUCCCGUGGCCACGAAGGAGAUGCAAGACGAGGAGGGCUGGUUCCACACCGGCGACAUGGGCUACUUCGACGAGGACGACUAUCUGUACAUGACGGACCGCAAGAAGGAGGUGCUCAAGUGGAAGGGUCUGCAGAUGUGGCCCGCUGAGGUGGAGGCGGUUAUCGACGAGCUGCCGGAGGUGAAGCGGGUGUGCGUGAUCGGGGUCUACGACGAGACCCAGGGCGAUGUGCCCGGUGCCCUUGUCGUCCGGGAGGACAAUGCCACCCUCACCGCCCAGCAGGUGAUCGACCAUGUGGCGAAGCGACUGCCCGACAUCCAGAAACAGAUGCGCGCCGGCGUCCAGUUCGCGGACGAGAUUCCCCAGAACCACAAUGGCAAGGCGGUCCGCCGUUACGCCCGCGAUCUGUUCGUCGCCCUGUCCAAGAAGAACUGAGAACUGCCCGAGCUUUAAUUUGGAAUAAUCUAGCCUUGUUUAAGUUUGUUUAGUUAGGGUAACUUUCUGUUUUGUUGGCUUUGAUUUGCCCUUCGAAAGCUUCUCGAAAGUCGCCCACAACCUCCGCUUCUCAGAAUACUGUCGAUGUGCACUUAUCAAAUAAAGUAAAAUGCUGAAGUAGUAAAA